AUUUCCUGAGAACGCCCGGAAAUUUCGCCACCCAAACGAACAUCGAUGGCGACGGGAGGAGAUGUUGACUUGGGAGAGCUUUCUCCAAGCCAACAAGAUGCCCUACAGCAGUACAUGCAGGUUACAGAUCAAGAGGUCAAAGACGCCAUACCACUGCUGCAACGGUCACAAUGGAAUGUCCAGAUUGCCAUCGCAAAGUUCUUCGACGGCGAAGGGCCUGAUCCUCUAGCCGAGGCGUUGGCUCAGCAAGAGCUCCCGCGGUCAUCGGCAAGACUCGAAAAUCUGCAGGAGAGCAUGUACACAGCAGCGGCUCAGCCGCCGAGACGCAACCCAGCCGACAGGCCCGAACCGGCACCAAGGAUCGUCCCCAUGCCCAACACCGUCCACAGGCCGCCGUUCCUCGUCGGACUCCUGCUGACGCCCUUCAGUCUCGGGUGGGCUGUUGCCUCUCGACUCUUCCGCACUGUUUGGUACAUCUUCUCCUUCUUGCCAGCCUCAAUUCGACCGCGAGGUUUAACGAACGGAUCGACAUCCGGCCUGCGGAACACCACGGGCCGCCGAAUGCUGAUGCCACAAGAUACGGCAGCCAGGUUCAAGCGCGAAUUUGAGGAAGAAUACGGCAAUAGUGAGCUGCCGUGGUUCGAAGGAGGCAUUGCGCAAGCGCAAGAUUUGGCAAAGAAGGACCUCAAGUUCCUGUGGGUUGUGUUGAUGUCACCGGAGCACGACGAUACGGAAUCCUUCACGCGCGAGACGCUCCUGGCACCGGAGGUCAUCGGUUUUAUCCGGGACCCGGCUAACAAUAUCAUCCUGUGGGGCGGCAACAUCCUCGACUCGGAGGCCUACCAAGUGGCGCAAGAGUACAACUGCACCAAAUACCCGUUUUCAGCGCUGGUCUGCCUGACGCCCAAGGAGGGCAGCACGAGGAUGAGCAUCGUGAAGCGCCUCGUCGGCGCGAUGCCGCCGACGGCCUACCUCUCUGAAGCGCAGAGUGCGAUCAACAAGUACACGGCAGAUCUGGCGGGCGUGCGUGCCGAAAGGACGGCAAGGGAGGUGACACAGAACCUGCGUCACGAGCAAGACUCGGCCUACGAGCGAUCUCUUGCCAAGGACCGAGAGAGGGCUCGACAGCGACGCGAGGCGGAGAAGGCUGCGGCAGAGGCGGUGCAGAGGGCGGAGGAGGAGGCCGCGGCGGCUACGCGGCUCGCAGCGCAGCGUGAUCAGUGGAGGCGCUGGCGGGCGACGAGGAUCGAGGCCGAGCCAGCCGCCGACGACAAGGAGGUGGUGCGCAUCGCGCUCAAGAUGCCCGAGUCGUCAGGUGCCGGGAGGAUCGUGCGACGGUUCCGCAAGGAUACGUCCCUCGAGGCCCUCUACGCUUUUGUCGAGUGCUACGACUUGCUACAGGGAGAGUUCGACGAGAAGGCCGAGGAACCGACGGACUACAAGCAUAAGUUCGGCUUCAGCAUUGCAUCGAUCAUGCCGAAGAGUGUCCCGCCAACAGGCGCUAAGCGACGCGAUGCAGGAGACUGUCGGUUUGUCUGUCUCUCACUCUGGCUCUGGCUCAAGGUGCAGCCUCUGAGAGACACAGAAGGAGACAAGUUCACAGGGCCACAGCGGCGCACAGGGCAGGCGAGCCGGCGGGAUGAGGCAUGCAAGGCAUGUUGA